CCGUGUGCGAGCGCCCAGCGGCGUAGGCUGUGGCUUCGCCGGCGACUGCGGAGGCCGCGGUGAUCCACGGGGUCGAGUUCCGUUGGGCGGGUCCACGUGCCCGCCGAUCCGCCUAGAAGGAGAGGUGCAGGAGAGCCCCGGACCUUGGCUGCGUGCUGAUUCGCUUCCUUCCGCCCGCCCAGGCUUGCACUCUCCGAGAACUCUGCCUCUGCAUCUCUUGCCUUCACUGUUGUUUCCCUCUCUGCCCAGCUCCGCUCCCGCUUUUGCCCUGGAGAAUGGCUCAGAAGGAGAACGCCUACCCGUGGUCCUACGGCUCAAAGACGUCUCAAUCUGGCCUGAACACCUUGCCCCAGAGAGUCCUAUGGAAGGAGCCUGCCACGACAUCUGCGCUUGCCCUCAUGAACCGUUCCACAGCUGCCCCUGGCCAGAAGUUAGCUGAGAGCAAGAGUCAGGGCUCCACCGCCUUGCAAGGAUCCCAGAGCAGGCAGCCUUUCACUAUUGACAACUUUGAGAUUGGGCGUCCUUUGGGCAAAGGCAAAUUUGGAAAUGUGUACUUGGCUCGGGAGAAGAAAAGCCGUUUCAUCGUGGCGCUAAAGAUCCUCUUCAAGUCUCAGAUUGAGAAGGAGGGCGUGGAGCACCAGCUUCGCCGAGAGAUCGAAAUCCAGGCGCACCUGAAACAUCCCAACAUCCUUCAGCUCUACAACUACUUCUAUGACCAACAGAGGAUCUACCUGAUCCUGGAAUAUGCCCCCCGGGGGGAGCUCUACAAGGAACUACAGAAGAGCCGGACCUUCGAUGAGCAGCGCACUGCCACGAUCAUGGAGGAACUGUCAGAUGCCCUGAUGUACUGCCACAAGAAGAAGGUGAUUCACAGAGACAUAAAGCCGGAGAACCUGCUGUUAGGUCUACAGGGAGAGCUGAAGAUUGCAGAUUUUGGAUGGUCUGUGCAUGCCCCAUCUCUGAGGAGGAAGACCAUGUGCGGCACCCUGGACUAUCUGCCCCCAGAGAUGAUUGAGGGGCGCAUGCAUAAUGAAAUGGUAGACCUAUGGUGCAUCGGGGUGCUCUGCUAUGAACUGCUGGUGGGGAACCCACCCUUCGAGAGCCCUAGCCACAGUGAGACGUAUCGUCGAAUUGUCAAGGUGGACCUGAAGUUCCCCUCGUCUGUGCCUUCGGGGGCCCAGGACCUCAUCUCCAAGCUGCUCAAGCAUAAUCCCUCACAACGGCUGUCCCUGGCGCAGGUCUCAGCUCACCCUUGGGUCCGGGCCAACUCACGGAGGGUUCUGCCUCCCUCUGCCCUCCAGCCUGCUUCUUGAUUUUUGUCCCUGUCAUUUCUCAGUUUUCUUUGUAUAUACUUCUGUGUAUGUGUCGUGAGAAGGGGAAGGUAAUUGGAAACUAUCCCUAUCUCCAGUUCUAAGGGAUCUGAUCCCUCUUCUGACUGCUACAGGCAAAAUUAGGCAAGCAUGUGGUACACAUAUAUGCAAGCCAAACAUAUAAAGUUAAAAAACAAACAAACAAAUAAACAAUGCUGGAGAGAUGGCUCAGCAGUUAAAAGCACUGGCUGCUCUUCUCAAGAACCAGGAAUUCAAUUUUAGCACCAUAUGGUGCUCACAGCCACUGUCUGUAACACCCAGUCCUGGGGAAUUUGGGGCCUUCAAGCCUCUGCAGGCACUAGGCAUGGAUGUGGUACACAUGUGUGCAGGCAAAACACCCAUGCACAGAAUUUUAAGAAACCCUCUAAUCUGAUUCCUUUCAAUUUGUCAAAUGUUGAAUGUUAUUUUAAAAAUACUAUAAGCCAAAAAUGCAUUUAAUACAAGUUUUAUUUGAAACGUGGUGUAGCCUAGUCUGUCUUAAAUUCAGAAAAAUUAUGAAGAACAAAGCAUAUUUUAUAAUAAAGUCUUAAAUGUUUUUGAA